CAAAUUUCAGGAAGUGCCUGAAAAAAUACACUUGAACAAGUCUUUAACAUAAUCAGAGUGACACGGUUAUUGUUACUUUACCAGCUACAAUUAAACAGCAGUGAAUAUCAUUUACACAAUAAACCCCUGGGCAGGAAAACUAAGAAAAUACAAAGUUGGGGAACAGAUCAUCGUGACCAUGGCAAGCUCACCACAGCAAGGCACAGAAGUACAUGUUGAAAUCGAUAGCAGAAAUGUCUCUGAGGGCAAAGAUCAUGAAGAAAACAUGAUCGAAACUGAUGCAUUUAUCUCCAGAUUGGAUCCAGCUGCAGAGUAUAAUAUGAAGCACAAAAGACGAGGACUUGCCCUCAUAUUUAAUCAUGAAUGGUUCUAUUGGCAAUUAACGCUAACAGAGAGACGUGGUACUAAUGCUGACAGAGAUAACCUCGAAAAUAGGUUAACUGAGCUUGGAUUUGAAGUUCAAAGCUAUAAUAACCUCAAAACAGAGGAGGUAUUCCAAAAGAUUCAUGACGCAUCAACAAGAGACCAUAGUGAUGCUGACUCUUUCAUCUGUGUUUUCUUGAGCCAUGGGGAAGAUAAUCACAUUUUCACAUAUGAUGCUAAAAUUGAAAUUGAGAAGCUGACUCACUUAUUCAAGGGGGACAAAUGUCCGAGCUUAGUAGGAAAACCAAAGAUAUUUAUUAUACAGGCAUGUCGAGGAGACAAACAUGAUGACCCAGUUGAAACUGAUGCCACUGACGGCUCUACACCAGCUCCCGAUGUUAAUCAAGUUGAAGUGGAUGCUGCUUCAGUAUAUACCCUGCCUGCUGGUGCUGAUUUCCUUAUGUGCUAUUCUGUUGCCCAAGGGUACUAUUCUCAUCGUGAAACUAUAUUUGGCUCUUGGUACAUUCAGGAUCUCUGUGAAUUACUUAAAACGUAUGGAACAGCCCUGGAAUUUACAGAGCUGCUCACACUGGUCAACAGAAAAGUGUCAAUGCGCUCAGUUGGCAACUGUUUGGAUCGUAACGCAAUUGGAAAAAAACAAGUCCCAUGUUUUGCUUCUAUGUUAACGAAAAAGCUUUACUUAAAACCAAAGUUAAAACAGUCUUGUAUUGAAUAGUUUUCAAUUUCUGUUGAUUUUUUUUUAAGGGGAAACUAUUUUCAUAUUUCAUUCUGUUCAGAUUGAUCCUAUAGAAUCCUUCAAGGGACAGGAAACGUCAAUAUUUACUUUCAUGAUUUGGAUAGAACAAACGGUUUUAAACAACUUUCCAAUUUACUUCUAUUAUCAAAUUUGCUUCAUUCUCUUGUUUUCCUUUGCUGAAGGAACAACAUUGCACUACUGGCAGCUAGCUGAACACAUCUAGUUAGCCAAUCACAAGAGACAAAUGUGUGCAGGCACCAAUCAACAGCUAGCUCCCACUAGUGUAUGAUAUGUGCGUAUUCUUAUUCAACAAAGAAUACCAAGAAAAUGAAGCACAUUUGAAAAUAGAAGUGAAUUUGAAAGUGUCUUAAAUUGACAUGCUCUAUAUGAAUCAUGCUAGUUUAAAUUUCACUUUCCUAUCCCUUUAAGGGUAUUUUUGUGAACUUGCUUUGCCUUAUCCUAAAUGUAUUUUAUGUAAUGUUUUUUGAAAAAGGGAACAAAUAAUCCAUUACCGGCAAUUAAUUUUUCUUCUUACCAUUCCUGAUUCUUUGUAAAAUAACUGUUCCUGUGAGCUAUUCUAGGGAUAUAUAUUUCUACUGAUUGUACUUUUUUUUUACUUUUCUAAAACUGAUAUCUGCAAGUUUACAUUAGUCAAAUACAUAUUUUUUUAGAGCAGAAAAUGUAUUUUUAUUUCUCAGUGCACUAAUAAAUUUUUUGAAUAACU